UUUUUCUAGACUUCUCGUGAAGAACUAUUUCCUUUUCUUUUUUUUUCUAUUUCUCGUGACUCUUUUUUAGUGUAUACUUUUAUCACCACACAAAAAAAGAGUCAUAUUGAACUCCAUUUUGAAACAAAGAGAAGAAAAAUACUGCCCAUGGCUCAGCAAAGACAUGUUGUAGUGUUACUUGUGUUGGCUUGUUUGUUUACAUCUUCAUAUUCUUCUCAAUAUACUGUUGGUGGCAAAGAUGGUUGGGUCCUUAACCCUUCUGUUGAUUACAACACUUGGUCUCAACAUAUGAGAUUCAUAAUCAAUGACUCUGUUUUGUUUAAGUAUAAGCAAGGAGCAGAUUCUGUGUUGGAGGUGAGUAAGGAUGAUUAUGACAAGUGUAACACUGGCAAUCCAAUUAAGAAAAUGGAGGAUGGAAACUCCAUUUUCACGUUGGAUCGUUCUGGUCCUUUUUACUUUAUCAGUGGCAACAAAGAUAACUGUGAUAAAGGCCAAAAGUUGCAAAUUAUUGUUAUCUCUGUUAGGAACCAAACUCCGGCACCGGGAGUUGCUCCACCUACUUCUCCGCCUAAAGGAUCGUCUACACCUGGCUCCUCUCCGCCUAAAGGAUCGUCUACACCUGGUACACCGUCGGCACCUUCAGCUAAUGCUCCGGCAGGAUCAUCUACACCGGGUGCGUCGUCACCUAAUGGGGCACCAGUAUCUACUCCUGCAGGUAAAUCACCAACCUCAUCACCUACACCUUCCGGUUCAACCGCAUCUCCACCAGCACCUGCGACCGGAGGAUCCGUAGCUCCGGCAAUGUCUCCGGUAGCAAAUGGACCGUCAACUAGUACUCCAGGUUCUUCUUCACCGGUGGCAGGCGGACCAUCGUCUGGAAGCGGUAUUGCACCGUCGGCAGGCGGACCAUCUGGAAGCGGUAUUGCACCGACUGCAGGCGGACCAGCUGGAAGUAUGUCACCGGGACCAUCGGCAGGAGGAUUAGCAGGCGGACCAUCGGCGGGAGCGCCGGGAAGUAGUGCUUCAGGUUCCGGCGGCAGCAAUACUCCGGCGGACAUCAAUUCGCCAGCUGGUGCACCAGAAAACCCAAAUUCAUUUGCAGUAAAGGCAUUUACUCCAUCAAUUGUCCUUGUGUCAGCCGUUUCACUCGUUUUGACUGUGGCUUUGGGAGAAUUUAUUAUUUUACCUUAGGGUAAAAUUACUGGAUAUUACUAUAUUUAAUUUGUGCUUUUUUUUCUUCUGUAUUUUGUUUUAAAUUUCUUGAAUAAUUCGGAGAUUAUUGGAGUGUGUUUAGAUAUACAAGAGAUGUAUUUAAUUUUUAUUUUUAUUUUUUUGCUUUUAAUUUUUGUGGGUGAGACUUAAAAUUUGAAUUUAUGUAUGUAUGUAUCAGUUUAAUUCUAGUUUUUGUUUUGUGA